CCAAGCCCCGCCCUCCAAGCUGUUUUCCUCAGAGAACCUUUCUAAGCACUGCUAUUUUGGGCUUUCCUGACAGUAACCAGUGACUGAAGGAAUGGUAUAAAAGCAGUGACAGGCUUCUAAGCUCACCAGACAGCACAGAGGAUGAAGCCCUUGCUAAGGUCCUGGAACCACAGUGCAUCGUCCUGAUCAUCCUCUUCCCAGUGACCAAGCACUGGACGCUUGGCUGUGAAUGCCCGCUUCAUCUCCCCAAGCUUCCAGGGUGCUUCCUUAGAUAGACCUUGCUGGCCCAGACUCCCUGAUACCUCGCCCCUCAGCUAGAGGGUGUUGCCUUUGCUUUACCUUCAGCAAUGAGAUCUCGGCUUCUGCUGUCUGUGGCCCACAUGCCCACAAUUCGGGAAACCUCAGAGGAGACAUCGCCUGGGGGUCCUGGGCAGGAGUCCCCAAACUCUCCCAGCCUGGAUGACUACGUGAAGUCUAUCUGUCAGCUGGCACAGCCCACCCCUGUGCUGGACAAAGCCACAGUCAGAAGCCAAUCCAACAGACCUCACCGUCCAGCACGGAUCACUGAAAAGAGACCACAGGCUAAGUCUCCAGGAGACAGCAAGCCCUGCUCCGGUGGUUGGCAGCCCACACUGCCCUCUGCUGGUACUCACGACCCUCUGGACUGGCUCUUUGGGGAGUCCCGGGAACAGCAGGCAAACAGAAGAGACAAUGGAACCUGCCCCUCGGAUGGCUACUGGAGUAUGCAUAAACAGAUGGACAAGAACAGGAAGAGGCUCUGUGAGGCCGGGAUGCCUGAGCGCUUUCUGGCAGGACAGUCUCAGAACAGGCACCAGACCUCCAACCUGAAAAGUUGGACUUCUAGGAAGCUCUGCCCGGCCUCAGCUUCUGCCCACAGCUCCCGCCCCUGCAGCAUCCUCAGAAGUCUCUACUUGCACCUCCCAGUGAUCCAUGAACUCUAACCCUCCACUAAUAAAGGUUUAUAAAGAGCAUGAUGGGUCCAUGGUCUCUCCAGCCUCCCUCUCCUGGCAGGUCUCUGGGAGGGCAGUGCUUGUCUUCAGGGGCUGCUGGCUUUGGUAAUUCCUAGUGACAGUCCUCCUGUGAGUGAUGACAGGCUGGUUUGAAACCUGACAUGUCAUGUUUGUGACUGGCUCUUUUGUUGACCUGAUCAAGUGACUUGGUGUCUCUACUUCUUGAUUUUCUUGUGAUGAAAAUGGCAGUAACUGGAGGAACUUCCUUCCU